CCAAAUAAUUAUUAUAUGCUACGAAAAAUCCCAUGUUAUCUGUCCUGUAUAUGAAUAGAAACAAGUCUGUUGACUGAUAGACUCUGGGAUGAGACAGCAGAUCCCUUUUCCAAGAGAGAAACAACGAGUCUUGAGUCUCAGUUCUGUUCUUCUGGACUUAGAUUGCUGAACUGUUCCUUUCUAUGGCUUCCAUGCCCAUUGAGUCUCUGUCUUCUUCUCCGCCGUCUUCUUCUACACAUGGAUGGACCUAUGAUGUGUUUCUCAGUUUCAGAGGAGCAGAUACUCGCAACAAUUUUGCAAGUCACCUUUUCGCUGCCUUACACCACGCAGGGUUCUAUGUCUUUCUGGACGAUAACGAUCUUCCUCGAGAUGAAGAUUCCCCCCACAUUAAGGCAAUUCAAGAAUCAAGGAUUUGUAUAGUCAUCUUCUCCCGACGCUAUGCUUCCUCCAGGUGGUGUCUUGAAGAACUCGUGGAGAUUCUCCAGUGCAAACGUACCUCUGGACAAGUUGUUCUUCCAGUUUUCUAUAAGGUAGAUUCUUCAGAUGUUCAAGAACAGAAAGGUGUUUUCUCCAAAGCUUUUGACAGGCACGAAGAAAUAUUUAAGGACAAAUUGGAGACGGUGAAAAGGUGGAGAGAAGCUCUUGAGGAAGCUGGAAAACUACCUGGAUGGCAUCACAAUGGGAAUGGUACUCAAGUGGAGCUUGUGGAAAAGGUUGUCGAAGAUGUGAAGAAACACCUAAAGACAGAAGAACUGCUGGAUGUUGGAGACAAUUCAUCUAUUACACAAGAGCUGCUGGAUGAUGGAGACCCUUCAUCUAUUGUAAGAGAAAUAAUAGGAUGGACAUUGCUGAUGACAAACUUAAUUCUAGAGAUCGUAUCAGCGGUUUUUGACCAGCUAGGUUAUGCAUUAACUGGGAUGGUGUUGGCAUUUAUAGCUCUGCUUCUUGCUGGCAUUGAAUUUUACAUGGCUCGAAAGGAAGCAAGGAAUGAGAAGACCCUAUUGCCCAAUUUUCAUCGCGAUACUUUACCAUCUGGAAGAGCUUUUGGCACUAUUUCUGAGGUUUUUGGAUUGUUUGGUGCAGUUUGGCAAUGUUUUUACUCAACAGUAGAGUAUGUAUAUGCUCGUCAAAAGAAAGAUAAUCCCAUCAAAAUGUGUCUUCUGCCUUUUAUCUUUGUAUUAUGUGUGUUCAUCUAUAAAUUAACUAAGGAAAGGUAGAAUACAAGGAUCGAUGAGACAAAUUAUUGGCA